UCUUUUUUUAAUAUAAAAAUUAGUAUAUUAGUAUUAUUUAGUUAUAAUAAAGUUUUGGUCGAAUUUUGUAGAACACUCUGGCUGAAUUGAAUUUACAUGGAACCACCGCCUCCUUCUCUCUCCUCCACCGCGGUGGCUUCUACCUCCAUCCCCGCCGCCACCACAACUGUUCCUCAUGUGACUUCAUCUUACCCCGAGUCUCUUGACUCCUCUCCUCGUUCACGCACCACCGAUGGCUGGGAUGACCUCCCUGCUCCUUCCGGCGGUGGCGGCGGAGGAAGCACCGUCUCUUCUAAAAUCCGUCUCAUGUGCAGUUACGGCGGUCAUAUCCUCCCUCGUCCUCACGAUAAAUCCCUCUGCUACAUGGGCGGCGACACUCGCAUCGUGGUCGGCGACCGUAACACCUCUCUCUCUUCUCUCCUGGCUCGCCUCUCCAACACGCUCCUGGACGGGCGCUCCUUCACCCUCAAGUACCAGCUACCCAGCGAAGACCUUGACUCUCUCAUCUCCGUCACUACCGACGAAGAUCUGGACAACAUGAUCGAGGAGUACGACCGUACCAUCUCCGCCUCCAAUUCCACCAAACCCUCGCGCCUCCGUUUGUUUCUCUUCACCUCCAAGCCUGAGGCUAUGGGUCAGAUCCUCGAGAGCUCUGCCAAGAGCGACGAUUGGUUCCUCAACGCUCUCAACAGCGCUGGUCUCCUCAACAACCGAGGGUUCUGUGAUUCUGACACCAACGUCAAUCGUUUACUUGGGUUGGACCAUGUUGGAGAAGGAGAUGGCUCCGUCAAAAGCGCCAAGCAGCAGCAGCCUCCUCCGCCGCAACCGCAAGGAGGCCAAGAUGUUCACUGCUUGCCUGAUUCUCCCAUGUUGGACACCUCCUCCUCUUCUUUUGGCUCUACUUCUUCCUCUCCCUCUCUCGCCAAUUUGCCUCCGAUUCGUGUUCAUGUUGAGGAACCCAGCAGCGGCGUUAGGACUCUCCCAGAUCAGAGAAACCUGGGAAUCGAGGAGCAGUUCGCACGCUUCAACGUUGGGAGGCAGGACGACGGAUUCGCUGCCAUGUCUUCACCACCGCCGAUGCCUGUCACAAUCGCGCUUCCUGCUGCAACCGUUUCAAAUGAGUCCCACACGCGGGUCAUCUCUGACGAUGAGAGAUCCGAUCACGGUGUGCCUGCUGGAUACAGGAAACCUCCCACUCCGCGUUCCCAGCCGCAGAAUCUGCAGGCUCAUCAGCUCAAAUCUAAUAGCGAGCUGCCAUCACCCAAUUCUGUUUCCAGUGAUAGCAGUGUGAGCAACCCUAUGUUUCACCAAAGACCUUCUGUCUAUCAAGAACCAAUUGCUCAGAUGUCUUCCGCUGCUUCCACCGUUGUUACUGGUAUGAUCAACCCCUCGGAUCCAAGCACGCUUUUAUCCCCCAAUCAGAAUCAGAAUCAGGACCUAGGCUACAACAUCUUUCACCCCCAAUUCGAGCAGCAAUCUCAGCCACAGCAGCAGCAACACUUCAUACACACUACUGCUGCACCUCAAUACAUUCAUCACCAUCCCUCUAGCGGCCUUCCUCUCCAGACUUACAUCCAGGUUUACUCUUCGCAGCAACAGCCACCGCAGUCUUUCCACCAUCACCCAGAUCGACUGGAUCACCAGCCUUAUCCUGUUUAUUAUGUUACUGCUCCAGUCCCACCUAGGCCCUAUUGUAUGCCUGUGCCACAAUCUGCAACUGUUAGCGAGGCUCCAGGUUCUCUGUCUUCUAACCAUCUCCAGGCACCUCCCAACUCUACCAUGAUGCCUCCACCUCCUAGCAACCACAUGACAAGUGUUACUGGUGGUAAACCUGAGGUGGGACAGGCUGGGAUUUACACAACAGCCCCAGGUGUGGGCGGUGCUCAGAUGGUUCACCAGAUUCCAACAAGCCAGCAGCAAUUCAUGGGGUAUUCGCAAAUCCAUCACCCACCUCAGUCUGGUUUAGCUGGGAAUCCUAACUAUGGAUAUGAAUACGCUGACAAUGCUCAUACACAAAUAUACUACACCCAACCUCUGGGACACGCACAGUACCAGACAAUGACCGGACCUCCACCUGCCAUGGUGAUGCCUGAUGGUUCUGCUGCUUCUAAGCUUCCAGCUGAGAACAUGACUCAACAGAUCCGGAGUUCACAGCCAUUGUGACACACACAUAACUAUGAAGGUGAACCACAAAAUUUUGGAGGAAGAAAACGUAUAAUUAUAUAAAUUACUUUUUUUUUUUUUUUUACAAGUUGCUGCAUCAAAAAAGAGUCUGGCUUCGUGUUGGUUUGGUAUCAUGGAUUAUGUUAAAAGUGUUGUGUGAGUAAUUAGAAAAUAAGGAAGUAGUGCUGCUUCGUGGGGUACUGCAUUAUAGUUGCAAUUGAUACUGGUGGUGCUCUUACCAUUUUCCUGGAUCUUAUAUCAUAUUAUUAUCAUUCAUUUUAUAUUGUAAAUGUAUCAGUCCUUGAUCAUCGCUCUUUUUUUGUUUUCCUACUUGUUGGAGACUUAAGAAGGCUCUAAUAUGAGAUUCUGAGAUGUAUAACA